AUGAAAUGCUUGCAGCGGAUUACCGACUCGACAGUUAAAGUAGGCACCGCGAUCCAUGGCUUCGCACUUGGAAGACAGAAACACACUAGACGUCGUCUGAAGGGCCCAGCACGCACGGAGCAGCUGGAUACAAUGCUCGCAUUCUCGGGGCUCGCCAUCCCCAAGAAGCAUGUCCAGCUGCCGGCUUCAUCUCAAAGGACUCGUCGAAGUGGUGCGAUCGCGCAGCAAGUUCGCGCUCUUGCCCAGAAAGGACAUUACAAAAGUGUUGAUGAAAUUCUUCAUACCUUGGACCGCGCGCCGAGAGGGUAUAGCCCGCUGCCUGACGACGGUAUGCAAGUAGUCACGAUUCCUCCGAGCAACGCCUCGGUGCGGUUUCCUUCCCAUGUUUUUAUGCACCAGCUGCUUCGGGACAACAAGCCAGUUCGCGCGGCGAGGAAAUUGGAGUGGAUGAUCGAGGGAGGUGUGCGAGUGAGAACCAGAACGUUUAACGCGAUUACGUCGGCGCUGCUCAGCAAAAUGCCCAAGUUCACGGUUAAGGAACUCGACAAGGUCAACGAAGGCAACACGGGAACGCAGAGACUGGACGAAACUGUGGUGGGGCGUCCCUUCACAUCUGACAGGAUAAGGGAGACCUUUUGCCGUCAGGCCGUGGCACUCCUGCAACUGGCACGCACGCACGGGGUGAAGAGGGAGAUGUGGAUGUACGAGAGGGUGAUAGAUGGGCUUAUGCUGCAAGAGCAAUACGUGGAGGCCGCCCUCUUAUUUGACAUGCUUGCGAAAGACUGGCAGGUUCAACGAGCCUUGGAAGAGGCAUUCUGCACUCCUGUCUCGCCGCUGCCACAGAUCACAUCGCAGCCAAAGCAGACGAAACUAUAUACUUUGCUCACCAUCCUCGCAGCCUCGUCCCUCCCGCCCUCAAGUGGCCUCCUUCGCAGGAUUCUCAAGCCAGUAACGGAGAUGUUCGGACGAAUCAAGACGUUUAGGUAUCUACCGACACACGCCGUGCAUUCAUCGCUUCAAGCCUAUGUCAUCUUACUAACAACCCUUCACCAACGCCAAAUACCUUUCGCUGAUAUCUCACUCUUGAGUGAAGCGGUUUCCACGUGCCCCGUCAACUCUCGUGUCCAGAAGAACCCUGUCUGGGUUGUGCGACAGGAAGGGGGUCCUCCGCGGAAAGUUGAUGCACUGACCUAUGCCGAUGAAGUGCUUGAGGCUCUUAUCAACGACCUUCCAAAGGAUCUUCCGACCUUUCCCGCUCUCGAAGUAAGCUAUGACCGUUCUGACGAUGCUGCCAACAAAGACGGGCGCUCUGGAAUACCCUUACGCAAGUUGUUCAAAGAAUCCGCCAUUACUGAUAUACCUUUUGCGUCCAGUCCUACGCAUCAGCGUCCUCCUACGGAACUCAGACUUCCUUACUUACCACCAAUACUCCCUCCUCUCGAUGAGGCUUCGUAUCUGAGCCUGAUGACAUACGCUUUGUAUGUUCGUCAGGACACCUCCCUCGCACGUACCGUCUUCGUUCACAUGAUUGCGAUACGCAAUCCAGCGCUGACCCCUGGGCCGCCAGUGUGGACUACCCUUCAAAACGCUGUCAUUGGCAGUGCUACCCUCGGAGAACCGAGGUCUAAAGGCGAGUCCCGAUCUAGUUGGCGGACAGGAGCACAUAUGAACUUGGAACGGGUUGAUGAAAUCCUGAGUCGGGUCGUUACUAGCGAGGAGAAGGACCGGAUGUUUAGUCUGUCAGACGAGAUGUCGCAAGCGGGCGGCACUACAUCUAAUGUGCCCUCAUCGCACUGA